UGUUUCCCAAAUUGUAAUUCUAUUUCUAUUCUAUUCUAGGCCUAGGUGUGGCGUGCAAGACCUUCCUCAAUCUUGUAUUUCCUCUUUGUUAAUAAUAAUUUUGGAACGGAAUAAUUUUCACUCAGUUGGAGUUGACUCAAGUGCGAGCGUAGGUGGUUCUUUGCUGUCCUGUAUUCGUCAGAUGAAGUAGUAAACAUGUCAGUAUAAAGGCUACUAACUUGUUCAACCUUAUGCUAUGCAUUAGCCUAUUAAACUAACUGGGGCCUACAUAAUAGUUCGCAAUUUUGAAGACCAAUCUCGCUUUCCAACCACAAAAUGUUGGUCACUCAGUUGUUGGUAUUGCUCUGCAUUUCACUGUCGUCGGGUACAGAUUAUUAUGAACUUCUCGGAAUCACAAAAGAUGCUGACAACAAAGAGAUUAGGAAAGCUUUUAAAAAGCUGGCAGUCACACUGCAUCCAGAUAAAAACUUGGAUGACCCAGACGCCAACGAGAAGUUCGCCAAGGUAACAAGAGCAUAUGAAGUACUGAAAGACCCUAGUCAGCGGAAGCAAUACGACCUUCACGGGGAAGAAACCCCCUCUUCAUGGAGUCAGAGUCAGUACCACAGUUACUCUUACUACAGAGAUCACUUUGGCAUCUACGACGACGACCCGCAGAUAGUUACGCUGAACAUGGCCGAUUUUGACUCCCUGGUGACCAAGUCCGGAGUCCAGUGGUUUGUCAACUACUACUCUCCACUGUGCUCUCACUGUCAUGACCUCGCUCCCGAGUGGCGUAAACUUGCCUUGGAUCUCGAGGGUGUCGUCAUGUUCGGGGCCGUCAACUGUGAGGAAGACUGGGCCUUAUGUCGGCAACAGAACAUACGCUCUUAUCCUUCACUCAUCAUGUAUCCUUCGAACGAGCGCUACGCAGGCUCCCGCUACAAGGAACCACUGACAAGGUUUGUUCUGGACCGGGCCAAGACAGAGGUACAUGAGAUCAAGUCGGCAGACAACUGGGCAACUUUGACAGGAGAGCCAGGGCGUCACAGCUGGGUGUUACUGUUGUGUAAUGGACAGUCAUUGCCUGACUGUCUAGCAGAUGACGAGCGGACCAGGCUGGCAGCGGCUCUGAAUGGGGUGGUGGGUGUUGCAACAGUAGAAUGUCUACUAGUGCCAAUCUGCCCUCAGCUGGUUCAGGGAGAGUACACCAGUACUGUCUUCUGGAGAAAGUCGCCAGACGGAGACAGUUUUGCCACCAGAAUAGUGAUGAGUGACAAUCCUAGAGAUAUGGUGAAGGAAGUUUUUACUUAUCUGCCGGACCUUCAACAACUUGACCCUGAAAAGUUCCAUGAUAUCAUCACUCAGUUAGAGCUUGGGUCCCGGACCUCAUGGUUGGUUGAUUUCUCUGUUGGAGCGGACAAUGAGCUUGACUUGGAAAUUAGAAAACUUCCAUCAAUGUUAAGCGACAUGCGCGUUGGACGUGUAAAUUGUGCCCGACACCGUCAGCUGUGUGAGGACUAUUCCAUCUCCCGCUACCCAUCCUUUGCCGUGUUCAAGCCUGGAGGAGGUUACGAGUUCUUUCAUGGAACACCGUCCGCCAUCAGUGUGUCACAGUUUGCCAGGGAGAGUGCCAGUGCUACCAACCUACGCACACUCUCACAGCAACUCUUCCCUCAGCUGGUCACGCAGGCUCAAGAUGGGGACAGUGCGUGGUUCAUAGACUUCUACGCGCCGUGGUGUCCUCCGUGUCUGCGUCUGUUGCCUGAGCUGCGUAAGGCGAGUCAACACUUCUCUCCUGUAGUGAGGUUCGGCACAGUGGACUGUACGAUACAUGCGGCCCUGUGUCGUCAACACAACGUACAGUCGUAUCCUACAACAAUGCUGUUCAACCAGUCCCGACCUUCGCAGACUUUCCGAGGCGAACAUUCUGCCAGCAGCAUAAUAGACUUCAUUCAGGAUGUCAUCAACCCUAGAGUUAUAAAACUGACAGAGGAGACCUUCUACACAUCUGUCGGCCGCAAGACUCCAGACUCUGUGUGGCUUGUGGACUUCUUCAUGCCUUGGUGCGGGCCAUGUCAACAGCUGGGACCUCAGUGGAGGAAACUGGCAAAGAUGGUGUCAGACAUGGCGAAUGUGUUUGUUGGAGAAGUGAACUGUGAAGAAGAGACAGACUUGUGUAGACAACAAGGGGUCCACAGCUACCCCACCAUCAGACUGUACCCCACGGGCAGUACAGGGUUUAACACUGUAGCGAUGUACAGUGGUUAUCACAGAGAUGCCAAGUCCAUCCGCCAGUGGCUGUUCAACUUCCUACCCUCGGCCGUGGUAGAGUUGACAUCUGAGAGUUUCCAGGAGGUUGUGGAAGGCUCGGACCCGUGGUUGGUGGACUUCUACGCUCCAUGGUGCGGCCACUGUCACGCCUUCGCUCCGGAGUUUACCACUGUCGCUAAGAAAUUGGAGGGUAGAGUGAAGUGCGGGAAGGUGAACUGUGACAGCCACUAUCAGGUGUGUCAACGCGCUGGAGUGUCUGCGUACCCAACUGUGCAGUUCUACCAACCGCAGUCUCACAGUGCGCGAGGUGUGGAGAUCACUACACAACAGGCUGACAAGAUCAUCAGCUUCGUAGAGGAGAGACUGAGGCCGUCACAAACACAUGAUGAAUUGUAACUGUGAUACUAGCUGUAGAUGAAUGUGUCAGUGUGUCGGUGCACAAUAAUGGUCACAUCACACAUAGGCUAAGAGUGAAUGAGGUUAGAUUAGUGAUCCUACAAAUUUGGUCUUAUACUCAAUUUAUUAUUUUAUUGAAGAUGAACAUACUUUUAUGUGAGCUUACGCGUUGCUUAUAAAGCAUACCAAGUUCAUGCUAUAAAUAUUAUACUAAUUUGUUAGAAGAUUGAUACAAAAGACAGUUGACAGGCCCUCGUUAAAAAUUAGGCAUCUACUUUAUUUCUAUUCAUAUUUUGCUUUAGUUUAAAAUUCCUUAUUGCUUAUUUAUAUGCUUGAAGAGCAAAAUAUUUUUUAAAGUUCUUUGCCUUUACAAAUUUUUAGCCUUAGUAGCUUAGGUUUUACAAUUAAAAGUCAAAAUGCACUUGCUACUUUUUACUGUUUUGUGCUUAAUGACAUGCAACAUUUUUCUAACGUCUAGUCAAUUCUAUAUAUAAUGAUUUUGAUAUUAUGAAUUUAUAUUUUCUGGAAAGUGUAAACAUUUUUAUUGCUGAAACUCUUGCAUUAGGGUAUAGCUUGUUUUAAUUCUGUUUUAAGGGGGGGGGGUUGUUUUAUUUCAUAAUAUGAAAACUACAGUGUGCUACUACUAAUUAUCUUUAAGAUAGAAAAAUGAUCCUAACAUAACCUAGUUAAGAGUGUAGACGAUAACGUCAUAAAAUUGAAGAAAUUAAUCAUAUAUAUUACAUAUUUAAAAUUUGUGUAAAAAUGUAGUAAGUAUUAUUGCCACACAAAAUUAUUGACUUGAUUACAAAUAUUUAGUUUUAUAAAUUUUCCCUGAUAUUUGAAUCAAUCGCAAACAUACACAUUAAGUUAAUUAAUUUUCCUAACACUUCGAUCUUUAUUUAAAUAUUUAAAUCAAGUUUAGCAGCCUCCUUAAAACCUUCACCUUGCCAGUCCAUAUGAGCCCCUGGGGCAGGUCUACGUGAGGAACAUAUCAAGCAGUGCAUGGGGUCAACUGGUACUGUACUGAUCAAUUCUAAGUGACUGCACUAAAGCACAAUUGCACAAUUUCUAGCAUUGAUUAUAAUUGCAAUGCUCUUCAUUACACCAACUGAGCCACUGACUCACCCACAACAAGAGGUUAGUAUUAUCCUUAGAAAAAAGUGGCAUUCUUCCUGCCUAAAGAUAAAUUUAGUUACAUUUUAUUGGAUUCAAAUAAAUAUUUGAGUUUUAGGUACGGAUUGCUUUGUUGAUUUGUGCAAAUUAUAUGGAUAAUGUUGCCUUCUACAGGGAACAAUCUCUAUAUUAAAGAUCUUAAUUAAGAGCCAUUUACUUAAGGUAUAGGAAUCAUUAUUAUUACCAUGCUAUCCUUAAAAAAAAUGUAGCUUUUUGUGUUGCUUCUCUUGAAUGAUUUUACUGAUAUUUAUUGUGAUAUUAUAGUGUAAGAAAGUAUGAACAACUUUUUAACCCUCCAACUGGCAAUGAAUUUUCAAAAGCAUGACUGCAAAAUCGCCAAAAAUGCCUUGCCAUGACAGAGUUUGCCCAUUGCCAGUUGAAGGGUUAACAAUGUAUGAUUCCUAUAGAUACUUAUGUUGUAUCUAAGUGUGUUAUUUUAUCUUUAUAUAUUUUCAUGUCUUCUAGAGCUUUUACUUUGUUAAGUUACUUUUACAACUCAUUUGUGUUUUUCACAAAAGGUACAAUACCUUAAAUUAAUUAUACAUUUUAGUAUUUUAAAGCUAAUCAGUCAUGUACGCUUAGUUUUUUUCAGGCCUUCCCAAAACUUUUUUCAAUGAUUCAGCAUAUCUUUAUGUGGAGACUUUGAUGUGAUCAAAAUAUAGUUUACAAUAUAUUUAGCUAAGGUGAACUCUUAAACCUGUCUUGAAAGUAAACUGUAAAAGAGAAAAUAUUUACAAAAUAAUUUUAUCUCUGAAUUCAAAGACCACUAAUUUUUUGGAGGUACGGGUAGUUGAUUUGGAGUUGGUACUUAAACUUAACAUCUUAUGACACUACAAAUUUAUUUAACAAAAAAAUUAAUGUUCGGUGACAACUCAUACAAAAACAAGUAUUCAAAUUUGUGUACUAUGUAAUAUUUAAUUUGUUCACCAGUAUCUUCAAGAUAUUUUAAAACACUAAUGUUGUAUUAUAGUUCCUUGAUUGAUAAUGAUGUAAAUAAAAAUGUUAAAACCACCAACACUACCUUACCUCAAUCCCUGAUGAUUUUAUUUUAUUUCUAUUAUUAUUAAUUAAAAAUCUAGAAAUGACACAAUU